CAGCCCUCCGUUUCCCUUCGUGUACUCAUGGCGGGCGUGUAAUUCGGCGUUUUCGGAUCCCUGGUGGCAUUUCGUUCUCUCUCCCUUUCUUGUUUGAGAUUGUCGAGACUUUUCAUCGCACGUCAUCAUGGCCGACCGCUAUGAACCCAACUACCGCAGCUCACGGCCCUCCUACGAGCCUCGUGAUCACCGCGACGCGUACUUUGACUAUCCUGCACAGUACGACCGAUAUGGUGGACAGAGAAGAUCGCCCCCGCCGCCGCCUCCUCCCUACGGUGGAGGAAGACCUGACUCAAGCUAUGAUCGAUACGACAGCGGUUACACCUUUCAUGGCGCCGCAUCAAGAGAUUCCUUUCGACCAGAGCGUCCGCAAGACACCUUUUCCUUCCGAGCUCCCGGAGCACCCCGUUUCCCGUCACCAGAUCGCUAUCAUCCACCCCCCAAACAUGACAACCGCCGAGCCCCGGGCCAGCGUGGCCCAAGAGGGCGCAAUGACGGAGCUCGAGGACGUGGUGGCGAUCGUGGCCGCGGCGGAUUUCGGAGCCGCAAACCUCACACACGCGACAUUUUGAACAAGGUGCAUGGCGGGAGCACGCCGGAGCAGUUGCAUGGCAUGAACACGGAGGGUCACGUCAGUUUCAUGGAGCUGAACUCGGGCGACGAAGAGAAUGGUGAAGUAGACGUUGUCGAUCUCACGCAAGACUCUGAUGAUGGCGGAGAAUCGCGUGCCAAGCGUAUCAAGAUGGCUGCGUCUGAAGCUGAGCCGACGGUACCAAAGUGGUCGAACCCCGACCCGUAUACCUCCCUGCCACCUCCUGACGCCGCGGGUGGCCCAAAGAAGGACAUUGUGAAAGUCAUACGCAAGGCCAAGGUCGAUGCCGCGUCGAAACAUGACUCUGGCAACGCGGUGAAGAGCAACAUCGAUUUCAUUUCAUUCGACGACGACGAUGAGGGAUCGGAGGACGGUGAGGUGAGUCUUGUCACAGACGCACGUCAGCCCCUUCCGCCAAGAUAUGCGCCUUCCGCACCUGCCUCAAUGCGGGAGCUCCCGAACCACAACCAGGCGUCACUUCAAAUUGCAAACGGCACUUCCAACCUUCACCCACAGACAUCAACGUCAGCUGGCCACCGUCCUCGCACACGCAGCAUGGAUGACCCGGUGGGCCCACCGCCUCCCCCUCCAUACGGCCUCAUUAUGCCCACCGACGAAGAGAUCGCGGCCAACCUUGUUGAGCAGAGCAAAGGCAAGAAGAGAAAGCGCGGUGAGCAGCAGUCGGUCGGAGUCGGCUCAGUCCUGCCAGAGUGGGUGGCAGACGGUAUCAAUGCUGCGCCCUGGUAUAUCACCGAUCACUCCACCACCUCUAAUGCUAUCACUCGCCUUCACUUGGAAAUCUGUGAUUUCUUCGACUUUGUCCGUCCGCACGGCUACGAAGAGGCUGUCCGUCGAGACCUCAUUGUGCGGGUACAGCAGUCCAUCCGCCAUAUGCACGGCGAUGGCGGUAAGGACGUUGAAGUCCGCUGCUUUGGCUCAUUCGCGGCCGGCCUGUACCUCCCCACUGCCGACAUGGACCUUGUGGCAGUUUCCCCCGGCUACAUGAACAGGGGUAUCAAGUCUUACUGCCAGUCGGGAGGCAAAAUGCACAAGCUCAGUCGCUACCUGUCAAACGUUGGCAUCGCUGCCCCGGGAACUUCGACUCCCAUCACCCGAGCCAAAGUGCCAAUCAUCAAGUACGUCGACCAGCGCACCGGCAUCAAAGUCGACAUUUCAUUCGAGAACAAUACUGGGCUCAUCGCAAACGACACCUUUCAAUACUGGAAGGCCCAAUACCCUGCCAUGCCUGUGUUGGUCGUGUUGAUCAAACAGCUGGUGGCGAUGCGUGGUUUGAACGAGGUCUUCACCGGCGGCAUCGGUGGCUUUUCGAUCAUUUGUUUGGUCGUGAGUAUGCUGGAGUUGCUGCCGGAAGCGUCGCCCCCCAACCCCGACUGUCGUUACGGGCACCUGCUCCUGACGUUUCUCGAUUUCUAUGGCAACAAGUUCAACACGUUCAGCACCGGCAUCGACAUGACAAACCCGAUCCGCUACUUUGACAAGAUGUACGAUCCCAUGCCGAAGCAGAACGCAUCAGGUCUCACCAUUGCCGACCCCAACAAACCCACGAACGACAUUUCGGGUGGAUCUCGACUGAUCGGCGACGUGUUUGCCGUCUUCCGCAGCGCACAUGCCGCCCUUGCCCAGCAUGUCGCGCAGAUCGAGGCCGGACAGGUUUUCCAGGGCAGCAUGCUGGAGUGUAUUCUGGGUGGAAACUACUCUUCGUUCAUGCAUCAGCGUAACAAGCUGAGUCUGCUGCAUCGUGGACACCCUGUCAGCCCGCCGCCGCCGUCGGCGAUGCUUCUGCAGCCGGCCGCCAAGGACAAGGCCAAGGCAAAAAAGCCUGCGGCGAAUGCUCCGCAGAAGGCUGCGCAGGCUCCGAAGGUGCAAACUCAACCGCAGCAAGGCCCGGCGCCGAACGUACCUGGCAAACCUGAUCAGUCCCUGGUUCACUCGAAGCAACCCGGGGCCAAGCAUGCGAAGACCAGGACAAAGUAUGUGGACCUCCCACCUCGUCCCUCGUGGUUGUAGAAGCAUCGCGAUACCCCCGUGUGACCCGUACUCAAGGUAGUAGUGGAUACUGACGGGCCACAGAGCAUCAAAGGCUGUCAACAAGGCAAGACUCGCACACAGGCGCGCGAAGCGUGCGGAAAAAUUCAAGAAGAACCAUCCAAUGUUCAAGGGAGAGAUUCCAGCUGAGAUGAGCCACGGUGAUGUCACCAAGUUGAGCAAGCAAGUGCUUCCAGCCGAGACCGCCGCCAGAAAGCAGCAGGCGGCCAAGGCGAAGGCUGAAAAAAAGGCAGCAAAGUCGGCCAAGUGAGGGGCGCAUGGUUGUCACCGCGGUAAGGAGAUUGCUCAACGCGCUUCUGAUGGGUGGCUGCUUCUUUCUUUUGACCACCAGAGAUACCCCUGUACUACUACUACGAAAGGAAUGACAUCGCCGCAACGCGAGCGAGACGGCAGGCUGUUUGCUUGCUUGCUGUCGAUUGAGAAAUGAAAGUAUUCACCCUCCC